AUGGACCUUAAUGAACAAACAAUAAUCGAUAAAACAACCAUAUUUAGAAAAAUAUACCAACUCUUAAAAAGACAAAUUGAAUUAUUCGAACAACCAACAACUUCUCAAAUUAUAACAAGAUUAACAUUAAGUAAACUAAACUUAAGAGAAUUAGUAAAAACCAAAGAAUUCUUUUCAGAACAAGAAGAAAGCUACCAACAAAAGCUUGAAAAAUUAAUCAACCUUGAAGGACAGGAAUACAAACAGAAGGUAAUCAAUUUAAUAGAAAAAGCACAACAAGUAGCUCAGGACGAAUCUAGGAAAAAUCCAAAAACACAACAAUAUCAGAAAAUAACUUGGGUAAAAAAUUGCAAAGCCUGCGACUAUUGUGCCAAAUAUAAAAAGAAGUGUGAAUAUCAAAAUAACCAGAAAAAGUGUAACUGGUGUAUCAAAAAAAAUAUUGAAUGCACAACAACAAGAAUAGAUUCACAAACCUUUAAAGUAAAAAGAACUAAAGGACAAACAUUAAUAGAAACAUUCGAAGAAACAACUGCUGAAGAAACUAUUGAAGAGACACUCAAAACAUUAUUUGACCAUAUAUUAAAUUGA